UGUAAGAACAUAAUUUAUAAGUUAUUCUAGUACUCCUUACAGCAGAACAAGAGAGUUCAAUUUUAUUUGAACACUUAGGAGCUCUACUAUCAUCAAUGCAAUUAUUUUCAAAGUAUAAUCUUUCUAACUUACAACAUUUAUAUAGAUAGAAUAAUUGGAUCUUUAAUAAUAUAUAUCAUAAUCUUAACGUAUAACUAGCUAAAAAAUAUACAAAUGUUUGUAAUUAUAUACAGAAACUUUUUUUCUAUUUUGAAUUCUCGAAAAAAGAGUUAAACAAAAAAAAUCAUUAAUUUUCAAUAACACUUAUUUGA